CCUUCAUCAAGCAUUUCCCUGGGCCACACCAGAAGGUCAUGCGGAACGCCACUGAGCUAUUGGGUUUCAUCCGGGAUGAAGUAAAAGAACACAAGGAAACUCUGGAUCCAGACAGCCCUCGAGACUUCAUUGAUGCCUACCUGCUGGAGAUCGAGAAACAAAAGUCCAACGAGGGUUCCACGUUUCAUGAGGAGAACAUGGUUAUGUCAACAGCUGACCUGUUUCUGGCUGGAACCGACACCACAUCGACCACCAUCAGAUGGGGUCUCAUCUUCUUGAUUCAAAACCCAGAUGUACAAGGUGCUAAAGCUAAACAUUAGCAAAAGAUAAGAACACUACAGUCUUGUUCUAGUAGACGAAAUUCUUGAAAAUAAAUCUUUUCAAGUAGUGUGGUCACGUAAGUGUAAAAUUUGUGGGUCUAGUAGUGUAGGCCUAUUAUUUUGUGUAAAUUUCUAAUGGUCAAAGUGGCGCAUCUGCAUGACCAACUCAAUUGAACCCACUGCGAAAAUCUGCAUGGAGAAAUCUUUCGCGCUUCCCUUUUAAAUGAAUGGAUUUCAGCCGCGAAAAUUCACCAGAACAACUAUAAAUGUGACUGCAUCUGAUAAUGGCAGUAGUGCAGCAAUGUAUGAAG